UUUUUACUACUAGUCAUUGCCACCUUUGCAUUUGUGCCCUGGCAUUUCAUUAGGUCCUGUAGCUGCCAUGGAUUUCUGGGGACUCAUUACUCUUGCCCUUGUCUGUUUUUUAUUUUUCCAGUUAAUAUGGAACAAAGGAUAUAAAGCAAGGAGGUUCCCACCUGGUCCAAUUCCUCUUCCCAUCCUUGGGAACAUGCUACAGAUGGACUCCAAGGAUCUCUUUACAUUUUUUGACAAGAUGGCUGAAAAGUAUGGCCCUGUGUUUACUGUGUACAUGGGGCUGCAGAGAAUCGUCGUACUGCAUGGAUAUGAAGCAGUAAAGGAAGCUCUGAUUGACCAGGGAGAUAACUUUCUAAACAGAGCACAACUACCAAUAUUUGAGGAUAACUUCAAAGGACAAGGAAUUUUUUUAAGCAAUGGUGAAAAGUGGAGACAGAACAGACGUUUCUCCCUCAUGACCCUGAGGAACUUUGGGAUGGGGAAGAGAAGUAUUGAGGAGAGAGUCCAGGAAGAAGCCCAGUAUCUGGUGGAGGAGCUCCGGAAAACAAAGGGUCAGUUCUUCGACCCCACCUUCAUCCUGGGCUGUGCUCCCUGCAAUGUGAUCUGCUCCAUCGUCUUUAACAAUCGCUUCAACUAUGAUGAUGAGAAAUUUCUGAGACUGAUGAGCCUAUUAAAUGAAAACUUUCGGCUCUUAAACACACCAUGGAUCCAGCUCUAUAAUAUGUAUCCUUCACUCAUAAAACAUCUGCCUGGAAGUCAUAGGACCAUUAAUAAAAAUGUUCUUGAAGUUAGGAAUUUCAUCAUGGAUGAAGUGAAGAAGCACCAGGAAACCCUAGAUCCAAACAACCCUCGGGACUAUAUUGAUGGUUUCCUCAUCAAAAUACAACAGGAGAAACUGAAUCCACAGUCUGCAUUCAACUAUCAGGAAUUGGUGGCCAAUGCAAUUAACUUCUUAGCUGCUGGUACAGAAACAACAUCCAGCACUCUGAGAUAUGGGCUUUUACUGCUCAUGAAAUAUCCAAAGAUUCAAGCCAAAGUUCAUGAAGAAAUUGACCGAGUCCUUGGCUCAAGUAGAAAAUCCUCCAUGCAGGACAGAGUCAAGAUGCCUUAUGUGGAUGCGGUUGUACAUGAGAUACAGAGAUAUAUUCAUCUUGUAUCUUUGAUUAUUCCACGAUUAGCAGCCCAGGACACCCACUUCCAAAAAUACGUGAUUCCCAAGGGCACAAAAGUAUUCCCUUUGCUCUACUCUGUCUUGUAUGAUAGAAAAGCAUUUCCCAAUCCAUAUGAGUUUGACCCAGAGAACUUCUUGGACAAAUCUGGAAACUUUCAGAAGAAUGACUGCUUUGUACCAUUUUCUUUGGGAAAACGCCUCUGUCUUGGGGAGAGCUUGGCUCGGAUGGAGGUGUUUCUCUUCCUGACUACUAUUCUGCAGAACUUCACCUUGAAGCCCAUGGUUGAGCCAAAAGAACUUGUCACCACCCCACUCAGAAGUGGAAUUGUCAACAUCCCCUCAAUUUACAAGUUAUCUCUUAUUCCUAGAUAAAUGAUGGACAGUCUUUAUUUUAUGAUCACUUCUUAGAAUUGUUUCUACCCCUGAUGCCUCAUAUUUCCAUAUAACUAUUAAAUGUAUUUGUGUUUUGA